AUAUAAAAAUAUGCACUGUGCUAGCCAGCGCAUGAAUGAAACCUGCAGGACCUUAUAGUCGGCAGACAUGGAGCACAAAACUCAACUAACGCUGGCUUUCUUUCUUGUUCAGGUGCUGCUACAAGCAUUUGCAGUGAAUUUGGACUGCACACCUGGAUUCCAGGAGAAGAACUACCAAGUCCUACAGUCCUCAGAUUAUAAAAAGGACCAGUUCAUUGUGAAAGUGCACUUUGAUGACUGCAGUGGGAAUGAAGGACUGAAGUUUGCAAUUUCAAACCCAGACUUGCGGGUUGAAGCAGAUGGCUCUGUGUUUGCUGCAAAAGGUAUGGAGGCCACCAUGCCAGGUUUCUUCAUCCAGGCAACAUCUAUUCAUGCGCAGGACUCUGCUGAAGUUCAGAUUGAGAGAGGAGGGGACAAUCAUAGUAGAAUUUUGAAGGAGGCUGUGAAGAUGGGAAACACCUCUAUUCUCCACAGAAGGAAAAGAUCGUUGAUAGCUCCUCCCAUUUCGUUCCCUGAGAAUCAAAGAGGACCAUUCCCCAAAGUCAUUGGACGGGUAAUAACUGACAGACAAGAUGGCAUAAAAUUUCAACUCCAUGGUAAGGGCGUGGAGGAGGAACCAAAGGGUGUUUUCAAAAUCAAUGACCAAUCUGGAGAGAUCAUUGUCACCCGUUCACUGGAUCGUGAGCAUAUGGACAUGUAUAUUCUGCAAGUUGAAAUUACCGACCCCACUGGGAAACUCCUUGAAGGACCGGCCACCCUGUAUAUCACUAUUAUCGAUCAGAAUGAUAACAAACCUCUCUUCAGGGAAGGACCAUAUGUGGGCCAUGUUCUGGAAUCAUCCCCUACUGGAACUACUGUAAUGCGAAUGACAGCUUACGAUGCAGAUGACCCCAAUACAGACAACGCAGUUCUGCGCUACAGCAUCAUUAAACAGACUCCAGAGACACCAUCUCCAAACAUGUUCUACAUAGACCCAGAGAAAGGAGACAUUGUUACUGUGGUGCCACCUUCCAUCUUGGACCGAGAGACUCUGGAGGUCGUCAAGUAUGAGUUGAUUGUCCAAGCUAAAGACAUGGCAGGCAGCGAUGUGGGAUUGACAGGCACAGCAACAGCAACCAUCAUCAUUGAUGACAAGAAUGACCAUGCACCAGUAUUCACUAAAUCUAUGUUUCAAGCUACAGUGAAUGAGGGAUUUACUGGAAUUAUUGUGAAUCUUACUGUGGAGGACAAUGAUGACCCAGCUACUGGAGCUUGGAGAGCUGUCUACACCAUUAUCAAUGGAAACCCUGACAUGAACUUCAAAAUUGAGACCAAUCCAAAGAACAAUGAGGGGAUGUUAUUUGUUGACAAAUCUUUGGAUUAUGAAAGAUCUGCAUUUCACACACUGCUGAUUAAGGUGGAGAAUGAAGACCCAAUCAUGCCCGAGAUCAGUUAUGGUUCAAGCUCUACCACCACUGUGCAAGUUACAGUUCUUGAUGCGAAUGAACCACCUGUUUUCAAUCCAGAUCCAACAAUAGUGGUCAAACCGGAAAACAUCCCAGUUGGCAGUGUUGUUGUGACGUUGAAUGCAACUGACCAGGAUAUUCUUCAGAAACAAACAAUUAAGUUUGCGCCGUUUCAGGAUCCUGCUGGCUGGCUGAUGAUCAAUCCUGCAAAUGGCACAGUUACAACCAGAGCAGCCUUGGAUCGAGAAUCUACUUACGUUCAAGACAGUCAAUACACAGCCUUAUUUCUUGCAACUGAUAAUGGUGUUCCUGCUGCCACUGGCACCGGUACCUUGAUCAUCACUAUGCUGGAUGUGAAUGACAACCCGCCCUCAGUUUUUCCAACCGUAGCAAAGUUCUGUGAGGAUUCGAAAGAUCUCAACGUAGCUAUCUUGGGGGCAACAGACAAAGAUCUCCACCCUAAUGCAGAUCCAUUCAAGUUUCAGUUGGGAAAGCAACUUGGAAUUGAAAAAACCUGGAAGGUCACUCAAGUAAACAGCACCCAUGCUCAGCUCAGACUCCUGCAUACGCUGAAAAGAGCAAACUACAUUUUGCCAAUUGUAGUGACAGAUGGGGGAAAGCCCCCACUGACCAACAGUACAGAUGUUCUAGUACAAAUCUGCUCCUGCAAGAAGAACAAAAUGGACUGCAGCACAGCCAACUCUCUCCACAUCAGCAUCACGCUCCUCCUGGUCUCUAUCAUCACAUUGUUCUGCCUGUAACAAGUGCUGAUGUUGGUGCUGCCUACUGAGUUGCUGUGGCAACAAGAGGAAAAAUAAAGCCAAAUCCGAAGAGUUUACAGGAUUUACAGUUGCUCAAGUUCUAGACCUCCUUGCUCCAAGCACGCUUUAAUUUGUACCUUCACUAGUCUAUCAAACUGUGCUACGGUCAGCGACAGCCUCUGACCUUACUAGCUUCCACUAAUGGGUUCCACCUCUAUGAGCAAGUGUUACAUUGCUUUUCUUUGAAGUUAGACUGAACAUCUAUGCAGAGGACUUGAGGACAGAAUACUCAAUUAACCCAAUGCUCUGCUGCACAAUAUUUUAAUUGUAAUGGCAUUGAAAGGAAGGAUAUUUUGUCAAAGCAAAACAUUUUCUACAGGAGACACUAUUUGGAAGCUAAGUAAGACAUGCUGUUGGUUCUUGUAAGGCAAAUUGUGUGUGUGUCAAGGAAGUUUUAAGACAAAUUGUUCUCUCUGUGUGUCAAGGAAGUUAAACAUAGAUUGUGCGUAAGUGGUAAAUAUUGCUGUACAUGCUUUUGUUUCCCUUUUCUUUUCUUUUCAAGCAGUAUUUUUAGGCAGAAUUAGAUUCAGUAACCUCUAUACUGCCACAUACAGGAUGGUACCACAUAUUGUGUUAAGAUUAUGAGCCUCUGCCAUCACUAGCCACGUUUAAUCAAAAAAGAAGUUUGCACGGCUUCAAAUCAAUGAUAGUAAGUGCCAAGUGAUGGGUGAGUAAAGGAUAAUAUGCUUUAUUCUAGAAUAACUCCAGACAAACAACAGCUACAUAUCCAGAUAUCGUAAAUAUAGGUCUGCUGGGAAAAGAAAUGUGGGCAAUUUUGUCAAAACCAUUGCAAUGUUGCAUGCUAAUUUGUGAUUUGGAUUUUUUGCUACAAAUUAAGCGUAUUUGGCUCAGUGCUAUCUUAAACAGGCUUGGUUCUGCAUCACUAUGAGGUUUGUGAUAUAUUCCAGAUGGAAGCCACAAUGCAAGAAAUUCUCACAUUAAAAUAUCUUGUAGCUUUACAGUCUAA